AUGGUGGGGUUCGGGGCCAACCGGCGGGCUGGCCGCCUGCCCUCCCUCGUGCUGGUGGUGCUCCUGGUAGUGAUCGCCAUCCUUGCCUUCAACUACUGGAGCAUCUCCUCCCGCCACGUCCUGCUACAGGAGGAGGUGGCCGAGCUUCAGGGCCAGGUCCAGCGCACCGAGGUGGCCCGUGGACGCCUUGAGAAGCGCAAUUCGGACCUUCUGCUCUUGGUGGACUCUCACAAGAAACAGAUUGACCAGAAGGAGGCCGACUACGGCCGCCUUAGUAGCCGGUUACAGGCCAGGGAAGGCCUGGGGAAGAGAUGCGAGGAUGACAAGGUUAAACUACAGAACAACAUAUCAUACCAGAUGGCAGACAUACAUCAUUUAAAGGAGCAACUUGCUGAGCUUCGUCAGGAAUUUCUUCGACAAGAAGACCAGCUUCAAGACUAUAGGAAGAACAAUACCUACCUUGUGAAGAGAUUAGAAUACGAGAGUUUUCAGUGUGGACAGCAGAUCAAGGAAUUAAGAGCACAGCAUGAAGAAAAUAUCAAAAAGUUGGCAGACCAGUUUUUGCAAGAACAAAAGCAGGAGACCCACAAGAUACAGUCAAAUAAUGGGAAUGAAUUGGGUGGAAAUGAUAAUGAAGUAUCUAAAGAUAUUCCAAAAGUGGCUGAGAAUGCAGCAGAUAAGAAUGAAGAGCCCUCAAGCAACCACAGUCCACGUGGGAAAGACCAAACCAAGCGAGUUGGUGAUGCUGGGAUGCCUGGAAUAGAGGAGAAUGACCUUGCAAAAGCUGAAGAUCUUCCAACUUCUUUAAAGAAGCCCCCUCUUUCAGUUUCUCAACAUGAGAAUCAUCAAACAGUCUCCCACUUUGCAACUGGACAGCCUCUCUCCCCAAAUAUGGCUCUAGAUACACACAUAAACCACAAUGGAAACCCUGGUACUUCAAAUCAAAUACCUUCCAAUUCUCAUCAGCAUUUAAAUCCAGGCCCAAACAUGGAGGAUGAACCCAGAAUUCAAACAAAUAUACUAAAGCAGGGUACCAAGGAUAGAGUUGGUGAUUUCCAUAAAUUGAAGCAAAGCCGGUUCUUUGAUGAGAAUGAAUCCCCUGUUGAUCCGCAACAUGGCUCUAAACUGGCGGAUUAUAAUGGGGAUGAUGGUAACGUAGGUGAGUAUGAGGCAGACAAGCAGGCUGAGCUGGCUUACAAUGAGGAAGAAGAUGGUGAUGGUGGAGAGGAAGACGUCCAAGAUGAUGAAGAACGAGAACUUCAAAUGGAUCCUGCAGAUUAUGGAAAGCAACAUUUCAAUGAUGUUCUUUAA